AAGAGAAACAGAGGGGUGAGGAAUGUUUACAGUGGAGAGAGAGAUAGAAUCGUAAAACACUGAAGUAACUCUCCGGUGAAUCUUGAAGAACGCAGAAAAGAUUUCGCCACCUGUAAAGAGGUAUUUCUAGCGACUGUUGAUUCUCGUUCUCUGGUCUACAUAUUCAUGGAUUCUUGAACAGAUUCUACUGCAAUGCUUGGCUUGGGACAGGUUUGGUGAUUGGGGUGUGGCAACAUGACAAUGAAUGAGGAGAAGACGAUUGACCUUGGUCAAGGAUGGGAAUUAAUGCAAAGAGUGAACACACUGCUUAAGAAUAACCUGGACGUCCUGGAGCCGAAGUUGAGUUAUGACGACACCGAGAAUCUUUCUCUAGAGAAGCAUGGUGAAUCUAUCUUGACAGAGCUUGUUCAUAGAUGGGAUCACCAUAUAGAGCUUGUCAAUUGGCUUUCCAAUUGCUUUCAAUAUCUUGAGGGCAACUACAUAUCUCAAAAUUCAUCGCCUUCCCUCCAUGAAGUUGGAAUCACUUGUUUCCGUGUCCUGGUAUACCAAGAACUAUAUGGAAAACUGAGCGAAGCUGUAAUUUCUCUUAAGAAUAACUCGUUGAAAAAUCAAGCAGAUAAGGGCGACCAAAUUGAUAGAUCCUUAUUGAAGAAUGUUUUAGAUAUAUUUGUUGAAGUUGGUAUGGGGAAAACCUAUAGGAAAAAUUACAAGGUGGAGGAUUUGUCAAGAAUGGUAGAGCUCUGUUCUCAAAUUCCUGGAGGCUUGAUUAUCAUUUCUCGGAUUUUCGCAGCCGUUAGACCUUUUUUCUUCAUGCAUAUGCAUCUUGCUACUGAAGCUAGAGCAUUGAUUGGACAUGCUGAGGAUGCUACAAGCAAUGAAAAGGAUUUUGUAAUGAAGGUUAUUGAGCUGCGUGACAAAUACUGUAUCUACGCCAAUGAUUGUCUCAAGAGAGAAACUUGUUUACUUCUAGCUCUCAAGAUUGCUUUUCAAGAAUUUUGGGGAAAAGGUGUGGUUGGGAAAUCCUGUUCAAAAAUUUUGGCUUCUUUUUGUGAUAACAUUAUAAGGAAAGGAGGAAACGAAGCAAUUGAAGAAACCCUUCAGAAGGUAGAUGACUUGCUUAAUUAUAUCACAUAUGACGAUAGAGAUUUGUUUGCAAAAUUUUACUAGUAGGGUAUCAACUUUGAGUUGUAUCAUGUUAGUUAACAAUGGGCUUCUUAGGAUGAAACCUGAGCUUUAAUACCAUGUCAAAAUUGUGCAUGUGGGUUUCAACACAAGAUUUAUAUCCAACUUAAAACCAUCCUCGUGUGUAAGCCUGAUAUGAACAUUAGGUCUUGUCAUGUGCAUAAACUUUAGGUCUUGUCAGGUGUGUUAACAAUAAGUUUUUUAAGAAUGAAACUUGGAAUGAAAAUUGUACAUGUGG